UCAAUAUGUCUAUCAGUCGUAAACAAAUAGUUUAUUUAUAAAUAUAAAAAAAAAGUACUUUAAAAAAAUCAAAAGGAUGGAGUCGAAUUGUGGACCAAUAUACUAUCUUUUUGAUGAGCUUCUUGAACAAGUUUUUGAUUUACUUUCACCAAAAGAGCUCUUAAAUUGUCGCUUGGUUUGCAAAAAAUGGGAUACGAUUCUUCGACAUACGAGAUUGCUUCUGAACUCAAUAGGAGUACAUCUAGAAAUUGAUGGAAAAGUUCCCGUAGAUGUCCAACAUCCAAUGGUCAAGUCGCUUAAAUUGAAUCCAGCAUUAAAAAUCAAUCGAAUUACAUUGAAUGCCGAUUUGUUCAUAGAAGACUCUGAGUUACCGAAAUCUGCUGCUUGCAGAAGUUAUUUAAAGUCCUUUGGAUCCUUACAUACUGUCAAAGAACUGACUUUUAACAUCAGCAAAAAUCAGAAUGAAUCAAUGUUUGAUUUAAUUUUUAUUUGUCUUUCGGCCCUAAAAGAAGUGCGAGUACUUCGCCUUAAUUUUGGAAUGGGCAACGUAAUGAGUGGUAGCAGCGAGGUUAAAUUUGACAAACGCUGGUCAAACGUGUGUUGGGUAUCAAUAGAGGAAGUUCACUUCAAGGGUUUUGACUUUUGGAAUGCUGGUAAUUUUGUCAAUUUUACAUAUUUACUGGACAAAAUGCCAUGUUUGCAGGCUAUAUGGGGCUUAAACGCCUUCAAUGAAGCAUUUUACGAACAGCAUGCUGCUAAAAUUAAGUCCACUACAGUUUUUACAAUGGAGUUAGAGUCAAUUAUGACCUUGGCAAAUGGAAUUAGUUUAAAGGAAUUACAGUUAGAUGGAUCACUGCAUGAAAAUUCAGCAGAACAGUGGAUAUUUUUGAAUGAAAAUCAACCAGAACUCAAUUACAUCGGCCUGACAUUCGAUCAUUUACAUCUAAAUGAACCGAUUGUGGGACCGUCACUUCAUCUGGGACCAAAUAAUUAUGACAAAGUGAAGCAACUGACAUUGAACUUAUGUGUAUGUGGAGUAAAUGGAGUUGAGUUUUUCUCCACGCUAGUCAAAUUUCAAAAAUUAGAAUCUUUAGCGAUUGACUUACUAGUGGAUGGAUCAUGCUUCUUUGGACAUGAAUCGGUUGUUUUGCCAAAUUUAAAGACUGUUUAUUUUAAUGCAUCAAAUGCAUGUGACCAACCUCUGACAUGCGACCAAUGUAUACAAGCUCUCAUAAAAACUAUUGGAAACUCCACAAUGAUUUCUUUCGAAAUGCCUGUACAAUUCGGAGUCUUAGCAAGAUUAAGAAAUGUGGCCACAAAUGUUGAUAAACUAUUAAUUCAUCGCUUGCUUGAUUUAAGGUAUACUUAUGAACAUUGGCCAGUAAUGGAGUCCCUUAAAAGUAUCGUUCUUCCACUUCGACAAGCAACAACAAAGGUUGAGAUUCUAAAUUUUUGCAAAGGAUGUCCUAAUCUACGUAAAGUAGAGUUUUUGUACGUUGAUAAUCUAAAAAAAUGGCAAUUGAAUUUAUUUCUUCAAAAUCUUUUCUAUUUAGAAAAACUUCAGUUCGGAAAUAAGAAAUUUGUCGUUAAGAUAAAAAAUGAAAAACGAUUUCUUGAAAAAAUUCAUUAUCAGGAAAGACAAAAAUAAUUAGAAUUUCUAUGAAAUUUAAAAUGAACAAUAUUACGUCAAUUUAUAGAAA